CUUUUCUUUCUCUUCACUGGGGUUGUUGGGUUAUCAUUGGGUAUGGGUCAUGACGGAUUGGGGAUAAUGCUGUCAUUCUUUUGGGAUUUCCUUUCUCUUUCUUUUCCCCCUUCUUUUUCAAUCUCUUCUUUCUCUUAUGUGGUUGCACCAGCAUCUGUCCCAUUGUCGCUGCUCUUUCUCGUCCAUGAUGACCUUCUUGCAUAUUCUCUACACAUGUCACGGCGCUAUGGGGUUCUGCAUAUUUUCUUAUCCUGUCGUGUGUUUGUUGAUAUACGUCCAGAUUUCAGCCAAUUGAUGCCCAGAUAUAACUAGUUAUUUAGUAUGUCUGGAUUUCUCAAUGUACCGUAUUGAUGUUAUAUUCGCCCAAGACCAGAUCUCGCAUCUCCUCUCCACAAUCCGCCUCAACCGCCUCGUCAUCCUCGACGACGACCCAACAGGCACACAAACCAGCCACAACAUCCCCGUCCUCACAACCUGGGACACGCCCACCCUAAUCGCAGAAUUCCAACGAACCCCCGCACCCCCAGGCUUCUUCAUCCUAACGAACUCACGCGCGCACCCGCCCCUCACAGCCAAACCCCUCAUCCGCACCAUCUGCGAAAACCUAGCCCAAGCCGCCGCAGCAAGCAACCAAACCAUCGACAUCGUCCUCCGCAGCGACAGCACCCUCCGCGGCCACUUCCCGCUCGAAGCAGACGUCGCGGAGUCCGUGUUCGGCGCCGCGGACGCGUGGGUGCUCGCGCCGUUCUUCUUCCAGGGGGGUCGAGUCACCAUCGACGAUGUGCAUUACGUCGCGGAGGGCGACCAGCUCGUCCCCGCUGGGAAGACGCAGUUUGCGCGCGACGCGACCUUCGGCUAUCGCAGCUCUAGUCUGAGGGACUAUGUGCUGGAGAAGGCGCCUGGGCGGGGCCGCGCGGAGCGGGUCGUGAGUGUGUCGCUUGGGGAUAUAAGGCUAGGUGGGCCGGCCGCGGUUUAUGAGAAGCUGAUGAGCGUGCCGAGGGGUGGGGUGGUUAUUGUGAAUGCCGUGGCGGAGUCGGAUAUGUGUGUUUUUGUGGCGGGUGUGUUGAUGGCCGAAGCAAAGGGAAAACACUACAUCUACCGAACAAGCGCAACAUUCGUCUCUACUCGUCUCGGUAUCCGCUCGAUACCGCCCAAGACAGCCUCCGAGCUGGGCCUCCCCAGCCCGAGAGAGACAGGUGGACUCAUCAUCGCGGGCUCGUAUGUGCCCAAGACGACGACGCAGCUUAAGGCGUUGACUGAUACGCGUGGACGCAACGGGCAGCUAGCCGUCAUCGAGAUGAGGGUUGAAGAUCUGAUCGUGGCCUCACCUGAGAGAACAACACAGUCGAUCCAGGAGGUUGUGCGCCAGGCGGAGCGCCAUCUACGGAGUGGGAUGGAUACGCUGGUCAUGACUAGUCGUACACUGAUUACUGGCGAAGACGAGCUGUCUUCUUUGGCUAUUGGGUCGAAGGUCGCUGAUGCUUUGGUGGGAGUGUUGCGGGGGGUUGAGGUGAGGCCGCGGUAUAUUAUUACGAAGGGUGGGAUUACUUCCUCCGAUGCUGCAACCAAAGGCUUGAAUAUCAAGCGCGCCAUGGUUAUUGGCCAAGCGGCGCCGGGUGUACCCUUGUGGCGGUGCGAUGAGCCGACGUCGAGACACCAGGGCGUGCCAUUUGUUGUAUUUCCGGGGAAUGUUGGGGGAGAGUCUACUCUGUGUGAGGUUGUUGAGGCUUGGAGUUGA